AUGGCGGCGGGGGCGCGCGGCGGGAGCGCGGCGCUGCGGCGGCUGCGGGGCGGGGGCGCGGCCCCGGGGGGCGCGCGGGGGUACUCCCAGGAGGCCGAGGGCAGCUGGUUCCGCUCCCUCUUCGUGCACAAGGUGGAUCCGCGCAAGGACGCGCACUCCAACCUGCUCUCCAAGAGGGAGACCAGCAACCUCUACAAGAUCCAGUUUCACAACGUGAAGCCGGAAUGCCUGGAAACCUACAACAAGCUGACAGAGGAGGUGCUGCCCAAGCUCCACUCGGACCCCGACUACCCCUGUGACCUGGUGGGCAACUGGAACACCUGGUAUGGCGAGCAGGACCAGGCAGUGCACCUGUGGCGCUUCUCGGGCGGGUACCCGGCGCUCAUGGACUGCAUGAACAAGCUGAGGCAGAACAAGGAGUACCUGGACUUCCGCAAGGAGAGGAGCCGGAUGCUGCUGUCCCGCAGGAACCAGCUGCUCCUGGAGUUCAGCUUCUGGAACGAGCCCCAGCCCCGGCAGGGACCCAACAUCUACGAGCUCAGGACCUAUAAGCUGAAGCCAGGGACCAUGAUUGAAUGGGGCAACAACUGGGCUCGGGCCAUCAAGUACCGGCAGGAGAACCAGGAGGCAGUCGGGGGGUUCUUCUCCCAGAUCGGGGAGCUCUACGUGGUCCAUCACCUCUGGGCCUACAAGGAUCUGCAGUCCCGGGAGGAGACGAGAAACGCAGCCUGGAGGAAGAGGGGCUGGGAUGAGAACGUGUAUUACACGGUCCCGCUGAUCCGGACCAUGGAAUCCCGGAUAAUGAUCCCGCUGAAGAUUUCCCCCCUGCAGUGACGGGGGGGCCGUGCCUGGGGGUCUCCCUGCACCCCGAGGGGCUCCCUGCCUGUGCCCCCACCCUGCUGGGGAAGGGCUGGGGGGGCUCUGCACUCCCUCAGCUCCCUGCUGUCCCCCCCUCCCCGUUUUGGGGUGCCCUGUGGGGGCUGAGAGCAGGGAAGGGACAGUGGGGGCCCCCCAUCCUGUGGUGGGUGCCCAGGAUGGCACUGCCAGGGGGGCUGGGCAGGCUGCAGAGGUGGGGGGGGCUUAAUUGCCCCUGGUGGGCCCAGUGGGUGCCUUUGCUGCCAAUUAAAUAUUUAAUAUGCCAAA